AGGCUUGCUGGAAUCUGCAGGAAGAUGUCCCUCUUCUUGGACAGCGUCUCCACCAUCAUCAGCACCUUCCACAGACACGCCCGGGACGAUGGAGGCUCCUCCACCCUCAGCAGGAGCAGGAUGAGGGAAUUCAUCCAGAGGGAGUUUGCAGAUGCCCUCGCUAAGCCUCACGACCCUCAGACCAUCGAGAAGAUCCUGCAGUUCCUGGAGUGGGACGGGGACGGGGACAUCGACUUCAACGAGUUCCUCCUGCUGGUGUUCAGAGUGGCCAAGUGCUGCUACCGGCACCUGCCCAGGGCACCGUACCUGGUGCAGAGAACGAAGCUCACGGUGCCCCGAGAGCCCGAGAUCAGGAGCAGGGGGAGCCGCCGGCAGCUCCAGGAGGAGGAGGAGCAAACCCGGGAGAGGAACCGUCCCCGUGAGCCUGAGCUGCAGAGACACACCAGGGUCAGCGAGAUCGAAAUGUCAGAGGAGGCGAGGAGGGACACAAAGAGCAGGAACGACGCCGAGCUAAGCAGAGAGCCGGGGGAGCCCAUCCCUCAGGAAUACGAGGAACGGAGCCGGGAGCCACGCGAGGGACGGAGGAGGCGGCAGCCACCGGAGCCGGACAGACGGGGAGAGGGACAACUCCGGCGUGGCAGAGCCCAGGAACGUGAGCUGGGGGUGCUGGUGGGAGAGAGGGAAGAGCGAGAGGGCUCCCGGCGGGAAGAAGUGGCCGACGUGCGGAUCCGCAGCCGGAGCUCGGAAUCUCGGCCACGGGAGCCAGAAGGACCAGCCUGUGAUGAAAGAAACCAGAGGCCACGGGGAGCAGAUGGAGGAAGUGACAACCAGCCACGCAGACCUGGAUUGCUGAGGGAAGAGAGGAGCCGCCACCACCAAGAGGAGCUGGAACAAAGGGCGCUGGAAGGGAGCGGCCGCCGGGAAGGUGGUGAGUGCCCGAGCUCGAGGCACCCACAUCAGUCACACCUGGAGGAACCGCUGGAACUCGACCUCAGGGGCUGUGAUAGGGCUGAGCCAGGGGAACGUGUCCGUGAAGAGAGAACAAAGCGGGAACAAGAGGUGGAAUAUGCAGAGAGGGAAAGAGAGAUCCGUGAGGAUCGGGAGUGGGAAGAACGAGAUGAUCCGAGAAGAAGAAGAAGACUGAGGGAGAGGAGGGUUGACCUUCAAGGGGAGCUGGAGGUGGAGGUCUCUGAGCGCCGCAGCCGCCAGACACGGGACAGGGAGAGAGGGGUCACCAUCGACCGGAGAGAGACACGGGAGCUUGAGGAUGAUGGAAGGAGAGAACGUGAGUCAGUGAGGUACGAAAGGACAAGAGACACCAGAGCAGCAGCAGCAGAAGCUGAUGUGAAAAUCCACAGAGAGAUCCGUGAACUGGAGCCACGGGAGGAGCUGAGAAGGAGGGAAUGUCCUCGUGAGUGUGGAGAGGAGGAGAGGAGGAUUCUUCGGAGAAGAGAGAGGGAAGAGCCUGUGCUGGAGCAGAGGAUUGACCUUCAAGGGGAGCUGGAGGUCUCUGAGCGCCGCAGCCGCCAGACACGGGACAGGGAGAGAGGGGUCACCAUCGACCGGAGAGAGACCCGGGAGAGACGGGAAACAUGUGAGGAUGAUGGAAGGAGAGACCGUGAGUCAGUGAGGUACGAAAGGACAAGAGACACCAGAGCAGCAGCAGCAGAAGCUGAUGUGAAAAUCCACAGAGAGAUCCGUGAACUGGAGCCACGGGAGGAGCUCAGAAGGAGAGAACGUGACCGUGAAGUGGAAGAGAGGAGGGUUUGCAGAAGAGACAGAGAAGAGCCUGUGCUGGAGAGGAGGAUCGAUCACCAGAGGGAGCUGGAGGUCUCUGAGCGCCGCAGCCGCCAGACACGAGAAAGAGAGGAGAGAGGGGUCAUCAGUGACUGGAGAGAGAGAGAACAUGAGUCAGUGAGGUACGAAAGGACAAGAGAGACCAGAGUGGCAGCAGUAGAAGCUGAUGUGAAAAUCCACAGAGAGAUCCAUGAACUGGAGCCCCAGGAGGAGCUCAGAAGGAGAGAACGUGACCGUGAAGUGGAAGAGAGGAGGGUUUGCAGAAGAGACAGAGAAGAGCCUGUGCUGGAGAGGAGGAUUGAUCUUCAAGGGGAGCUGGAGGUGGAGGUCUCUGAGCGCCGCAGCCGCCAGACACGAGACAGGGAGGAGAGAGAGACCCGGGAGCUGGAAGAGGAUGGAAGGAGAGAACAUGAGUCAGUGAGGUACGAAAGGACAAGAGACACCAGAGUAGCAGCAGUAGAAGCCGAUGUGAAAAUCCACAGAGAGAUCCGUGAACUGGAGCCACGGGAGGAGGUGAGAAGGAGGGAACGUGACCGUGAAGUGGAAGAGAGGAGGGUUUGCAGGAGAAGAGACAGAGAAGAGCCUGUGCUGGAGAGGAGGAUUGACCUUCAAGGGGAGCUGGAGGUGGAGGUCUCUGAGCGCCGCAGCCGCCAGACACGGGACAGGGAGAGAGGGGUCACCAUCGACCGGAGAGAGACCCGCAAGGAAACCACACUCGAGGUCCUCGAAGAAGAACAGGAGGUGGAUGAAGGACGAAGCCUCUUCCAGACUGUGGAGGUGGACAACAGGGACCUCUGCCCCCCGGGAGAGGAAGGGCCCGUGAGUGACCUGAGGGUUCGCUACGUCCCUGCUGACCCCGCGGAGCGUCCGGAGGUGCGGGUGGUGCCCCAGCCCUGCGACCCCCAGACCAUUGCCUACCUGGUCCACGUGAUCCAGAACGGGAGAGACCCCGGCGCUGCCACCUACGAGAUCGUCUGCCACCAGCCCGGCGAGCGGGGCCAGCCCCUCUGCGUCAGGAAGUGCUUCGUGUCCACCAAGCCACCGACUGUCCCCUGCGACAGGAGCCACCACCCAGAGCCACCACCCCGGGGGGACCAGAGAGAACCUGGGGAGCCCCAAAUUCCACCUUCCAGCUGCCAGGAAAACACGAGGGAGCUCAGUGGGGAGAGAGCUGGAGCAGGGGGGAAGGAAGGAGCUCCCCAGGCUUCUGCCCCCCAGCCCGAGGCCGUUAAAGGCGACCCUUGCAGGGUGAACAGCAAGGAGGUCCCUGACACAGAAAAGAAUCAGCCCCAGGGAGAUGGAUCGAGAGCUGCCAGGGGGAAGGUCCCCCGGGAGCCAGGAUCCAGCUGCCAGGUGAGGGAGCACGAGGACAGGAAGGCCAAGAGUUGCCCACCUCUGCUCCAGGCUCCCGACGCCGACGGGAGCCGUCCCCGGAGAGAAGGAACCGGCCGCGCCCGCCAGGACGUGGAGCUUCUCCCCCCGGAAAAGAGCUGCCAGGAGGAGACCUGCAAGAGGAGCCCCCGGCAAGGGGGUGAUGCCCAACUGGCACGGGAGGAGGAGCCGCGUCCUGGCACCAAGCAGAGCCAGGGGACCCCCGGGCUGCCGAGCUCCCGGGAGGAACCGAGUGGUCCCGCGGGGGAUGAAGCCAAAGCACCUUAG